AUUUCAUAGAUAAUUGGAAACGAUCAGCAGCCAAUAAUCUAACAGACAAUUCGUUCCUGUGUGACUCAUGGUUAGAAGAAGGCUGGUAUAGAAUUACUAGCAAAGCUGGUGAACGAAUGCCUACAGAAUGCUUGAUCGGCGGAUACAGAUGUGGCACAGCAUAUCCGAUAUAUUUGUCAAGGAAAGGUGUAACUACUGGUGAAGACAUUUUCCCGGCAACAGGUAAAAUUGUUAACAGAACAGCGUACGAAGUACUUGAUGACCGAUGUGUAAAUGAAGAAUAUCCUAUAAGAAUAAAAAACUGUACAUUAUAUUUGGUGUACUACCUGCAACCGACAAAAGGUUGCGACACAGCAUACUGUUUUGGUGCAGAACUGCCGUGUCCAGAUGGACAAUUGUCACAGACGGGAUAUUCUCCGGGAUGUAGUAAAGUGUAUCCUUCUUUACGGUUUACCUCAACAAUAACAGUCGAUAUGCAUUACGAUAUUGUUAUUAACGAAUCCAGAAAAUAUAUUAAUGAAACACCAAAGUUUUUGUGCAGAGUAAAUGACGCAACAGAUGACUAUACUUAUGAUAUUAACUUCUACAUCAAUAAUGUUCUCAUUACUGAUGCAAAAUACACAAACUUAUCUAAAACAAACAUAAGAACAGCAGUUCUUUUACAAAAACACUGGGAGGGUACAUUCAAACCAAAUAUGAUGGUCAAUUGUUCGGUGCAAGCUAGGUACAAGGACAGAGGUGUUACAGGACCCAAAUAUUUUUCAGAGAUUUAUUUCGCAGGAAUUAAGGUUGUUGAUGGUGAAAAUGGAAUACAUGUAGAAGAAAAUAAACCGAAAAGCGUUGAAAUAAAAUCUACUCUGCCCAUUGGAUGUUCAUAUCAAGAAGGGAUAAAUGUUCAAAAAUCAAAAUCAGGAUGCUACGUAGGACUAUAUAAUGGGGUUCCAAAAUAUCAGUCUACUGCCAAUAAUGAAGUGGUCUGUUCUGAUGAAACUUUCGUUCAAACCAAAUUAGAGUUUGCUCAACAGAAUUGUCGCCUAAAAAUACCACAUGUUGGAUGGAGUAGCAGCUAUUUUAUCAAUGUAACUGGUGUAUCGGACGGCAUUGUAAACAAGGUAGACCGAAUUGUUUUCCUGCGAUUGUAUACUACGAUUGAUCGUGCUAAUAAAAAGGAUGGUCUGCAAAUCUGGAAUUCAAUACAUCUACCAGAUAUAAAAAUUUACAUUAGUGACAAGGAUUUAACACAUAUCAACAAAAGUUGUUAUUCUAGCAACGAUCCUUACUUGAGAACUUUUGACCAAAGUUUAUGGAAUAUUACUUCUCCAAACGACUACGGAGAAUAUGUCAUGUACAAACACGAAAGACUACCACAGCAGGUGAACGUAUAUUUCUCUCGCUGUAUACACGGAACAGGACUAUGCAACUGUGCAGUGGCUGUAAGAAGUGCUAGUAGCAUAUUUAUUGCUAAUUUCUGUGAAACGGGAAUUUUAUCAAAUAGAAAAAUAAACCGGUACAUUACCGCAAGAAUAUGCGACGAUCAAAAUCUUAUUGUGAACAAAAUUACAGAUAAAACGUUUGAGAUAACCUUCCCUUCUGGAACUGUCGUCCUCAUGAAAGGAGACGAUUUGGGGACUACUGAUUCUCCAUUUACCAUCUUCAGCAAGAUUGAUAUUACACCUUCAAACCUCGAUCUCAACCUAACAACUGGACUCUGCGGCCGAUACAACAACAAUUCUACGGACGACUUUUUUACCAGAGAAAACGUAGAUUUAAAACAUAACAUAAGGCAGUUCGCUAAAUCUUGGCUGAUAGAGAAUUCAACAGAAACGUUUUUUAAUCCAAAAAGAUUGCCACUGUUGAACUACAAAGUGCAAGAGUAUUGCACCUGUGAUGCAUAUGAGACAAUACAAGGCCAAACGUCUGAACCCAACUUUGAAUGUAGGUUAAGUCACCGUAUGAAAACAUGCAGGAAAAUAGAAACAACAACAACCAUUUACCAUGCAUCCUGCAUUACAUCAAGCCACAGGCAAAAAAGGUCGCUUGAGGAGGGAGAUGAAUCGCCACCAAUGUAUGACAUGAUGGAUGAUGAACAAGUGGAAGUUGAUGACCAACCUGCAGUAUGGAGAAAUGGAUUGACGGAAGAAAUUGCAAGACAAAAAUGUGAAAGUUCAUUUCACACGUUACCAGUCUUUGAAAUAUGUGAAGCGUAUGUCCCAACUGUACACUCUGUCAAUUACAUAGAUCAAUGUAUUAGUGACAUGAAGAUAGUAGGAUCAGACAUAUUUUUAUAUUCCAAUAUCAGAAACUUUGAGACAAUGUGCUUGAAUGAUGCCAAAAAAUUUGAAAACCUUACAGACAAAAAAACUAACAGCCCUACAGGAGAAUCAAAAAGUAUUUUAACCGUUAUUUUUGAGUCUACAUGUCCAAGAAAUUGUUCUGGAAAAGGAUAUUGCACUGAAGGCAAAUGUAUUUGUAAUGAAGGAGCGUAUGGUGAAGAUUGUUCACUCGGCAUUAAUAAACAGCCACGUUUGAUUGCAAAAGCCUUUGCCGAUAAUUGUGAUAGAUCUGUUAAAGCAUGUAGGAAAUUUACAGUACCCGGUAUAGACUUUAUUCCUGCUAAUUUGACAUGCAAAUUUAGAAGUUUCCAUGUUCAUGAAAACAGUUCGUAUUCAGUCGAGACCGAAAGCUUUACCAACCCAGGUACUUACUCAAGUUCUUUCUUGAUGUAUUGUAACUUACCAGAGUCAAGGAAAAAACGUUCAGUUGCCGAAGAAUAUGUUGCAUCUGGAUACUUUAUAAGUGUGUCAAAUAAUGGAAAUGAAUUCACGGAGGAAUUGACUGUUAUUAUCUUUGAUGCAAGAUGUUAUACAUGCAACAGUACAACAUUUGAAUGCAAUGAAGUGGAUACAUGUCCAGCAAAAACAAUGUACAAAACAUCCGAUACAUCUAAAUACUUUGGAAUUGGAUUUGGCAUUGCUAUGGCUGGUUUAAUCGUUUUGGUAAUUGUAAUAGUGUUCGAGAAGAAGAGAUUCAUUUCCAGAAAGUAUGAUGUGUCAAAUACUAGUCAACAGAAUCCACAUCCUCAGUAUGAAACAGUAUCGAGUAUCAGUAUAUCAAAUUACCACGAAUACUCAUCCAUUUUGGCAUCUCCCCAAAAUCUUAUGAGAGAGAGCUCUUCAGUAGGAUUAGAAAAUCCACAAUAUGAAAAUUUACCAUAGUGAAUAUUUAUUUUAGGAAUAUUUUUCUAAUAUUAGAUCUUUUUUAUAUAAAUUAUACAGAAUGUUUAUAAGAUGAAAAGUUAUGUAUAUUAGUUCGAAAGGGUAUGUUGAAUUCUCUCUUAAAAUCUUAUGAAACUUCAAAUUGAAAAAAAAUGUUGAAUAUGUUUUAUAUACUUGAAUGGUUUUUUCACUUUAAAAUCAAUUGUACGUAGACUUUCUUGGAAAAAAAAAUAUGUCACCUUCAAAUUAUCAAAUUUCUUGAAAAAUAUAAUGCGUUGAAUGGUUGUCUUCCCGUACAUUAAUUUCCGAUAUUUUUUCCAUAUACAGUGAUCUUAACUACAAGUCCUUUUUAUUUGAAAUUUCGCCCACCGCACAAUUGCGUGGAACCAGUGUAUAAAAAAUGUAAGCAAAAGCACUUGAAUAUGAGGCAGGUAAAUAGUAACAACUGACUCAAAUGAAAAAGUUUUAUUUUAACUUAGUAACUCUCUUUUAGAAUAGUUUAAAUGAAUGUCUUGAUUUCAAGAUAAUCGUAUUUAAUAAAAUGAGAUGUAGGAUUAAUGUCAAGGACUGUAUUUCAAACUAGUGAAGAGCACGUUUACACAUGACUAGUUAUAACUAAUAUUGUUAACACAAAUUAGUAUAACAAUACAUAAUUAUUUGUUUUAUAGCUAGUUAUAAUUAUAAGCAAGCACACACACUCGGUUUUUUUUUUAUAACUGAGAUGAAGUCCUUCAAAUAACUGAAAACAGAUCUAACUUGAUUGUAAUAAAUUGUGAUUAUGGCCAUUUAAUUAAAAAAAUAGUUAAAACAAACGUUCGACCAAUUUUCAAUAGAGUAACCAUUUAAUGUAUUUAUCACAUUGGGUAAAUUUAGACGAAUGAAUCACCGUUUUCCAAUGGAAACGAAAAGGUUACACAAUAUACCAUGGUAUUUUAUACUGUGUUACCUCAAAUCGAAAAGAAUGCUACCAUAUUAUGUCAUAUUAAUUUUUCGGAAAUGAAAGAAAGAAAUACUUACCACAAUAUUAUAAUAACAAAAUGUAGAUUUUUUUAAAAUUUAAUCAAGUAUAUUCCACACUAACUUAUGUAGAACUAGAGAAUUUUUUUUAAUUUACUAAAUGUAUUUCUAUGAAAGUAUUUCCCCAUGGUUAAACGCACACUAAAGAAAUAAAUAUUUGCAAGAACAAAAAUUUGCAACCGCAAAUUUGCAAAUCCUUACUGUUGUGCUUAAUUUCAGGUGAAAUGGAUGUUGUUUGUGGCGCGUAUUAGCUCUGUAAAACAAUAAAGUUAUUCCAAAAGAGAAUUUCGUAAAGUUUCACGUUAAUAUAGAUGGUUAUAUACAUGUAUAUAUGUCUUAUGUGAUAAAUAUCUGUAUUUCCGAUUUUUUUACCUUCAAUAUUCAUUAUAUGUAUUAUUGAAAUUCUAUCCACUGUAAAUUUGCAUCAGUUGUAUGAUAAUAAAGAUCAAUCAUCGUAAUAA